AUGGUCCACUGUGCAGGCUGCGAGAGGCCUAUACUGGACAGGUUUCUCCUUAGUGUUUUGGACAGAGCAUGGCACAUCAAGUGCGUACAAUGCUGCGAGUGUAAAUGCAAUCUAACAGAGAAAUGCUUCUCUCGAGAGGGAAGACUGUACUGCAAAAAUGACUUCUUUAGGCGAUUUGGUACGAAGUGUGCCGGUUGUUUGCAGGGGAUAUCGCCAAACGACCUGGUCCGGAGGGCAAGGAGCAAAGUCUUUCAUCUGAACUGCUUCACUUGUAUGAUGUGUAAUAAACAAUUAUCUACGGGAGAGGAAUUGUACAUCAUAGACGAAAACAAAUUUGUCUGUAAGGACGACUAUUUAAACAACAACAGCGGAAAAGACACAAACCUCCUAUCAGUUACAGCAUGCAGUGAUCCCAGUUUAUCGCCGGAUUCUCAAGACCAGUUACAGGAUGACGUUAAGGACUCGGAAAUCGCAAACUUGUCGGACAAAGAAGUGGCUCACAACGAGAACGAAGACCAGAACCUGGGAGGCAAAAGGAGAGGACCGCGUACCACUAUCAAAGCAAAGCAGCUGGAGACUUUAAAAGCAGCGUUUGCGGCUACCCCAAAGCCAACAAGACACAUCAGGGAGCAACUGGCUCAGGAAACUGGGCUUAACAUGCGAGUAAUUCAGGUAUGGUUCCAGAACCGGCGGUCCAAAGAACGACGCAUGAAACAGUUAAGCGCCCUUGGCGCGAGAAGACAUGCUUUUUUCCGAAGCCCAAGGAGAAUAAGAACGCUUGUAGACCGACUCGAACCUGGAGAGCUCAUUCCAAAUGGACCUUUCUCUUACUAUGGAGAUUAUCAAAGCGAGUAUUAUGGUCCCGGCGGGAACUAUGACUUCUUUCCCCAAGGGCCGCCGUCCUCACAGGCCCAGACUCCAGUGGACCUCCCGUUCGUCCCAUCCUCGGGCCCUACGGGUACCCCUCUAGGGGGCAUGGACCAUCCUAUUCCUGGCCACCACCCGACCAGCGAAGUGCAACGGUUUUCGGACAUCAUGUCCCACCACCCGGGGGAUUCGCCCAGCCCUGAGCCCGGGAUCCCCGGGCCCCUUCACAGCAUCUCGUCUGACGUGUUUGGCCCCAGCCCCUCCUUUACCUCGCUCUCACUCAACGGCAGCGGAUACAGCAACCACCUCUCCCACCCCCCGUCGGAAAUGAACGAGGGUACGGUCUGGUAG